AAUUCGAGAGAAUCUAACGUAUUCCUCGAUGUUUUUCACCUGUUUGCUGUUGGGUUUUCGUAUGACAGUUGUGCGUGCUCGUAUUUUUCUACAAAAUGGUUAAUGCAGGUGACAUUUCGACAGAAAAUGGAAUAGAUAAUAUAAGAAAGUCAGCAGAAGAAAUAGACGAACAACGCAAAGAAACAUUGGCAUAUGAGUAUCUUUGUCACCUGGAGGAAGCCAAGAAAUGGAUGGAAGCUUGUUUAAACGAAUCAUUGCCUGCGACAAUCGAGAUGGAGGAAAAUCUUCGCAAUGGCGUUUACCUAGCUAAACUUGCUCACUUUAUAACACCUGAUGCCUUGCCAUUAAGUAAAAUCUAUGAUGCGGAACAGUGUAAGUACGAAGCAGCAGGAUUACAGUUCCGACACACGGACAACAUAAAUCAUUUUCUGAAGUUCUUGGAACAGAUUCAACUACCGUUGAUAUUCCAGCCAGAAACAACAGAUGUGUACAACAAGAAAAAUAUGCCACGAGUGAUAUAUUGUAUCCACGCUCUUAGUACACACCUAUUCAAACUAGGAAGAGCACCAGCAAUGCAGGAUUUAUAUGGAAAAGUAGAUUUUUCUGAGGAAGAUAUUGAUUCUGUAAGUAGAGAACUACAAAAGCAUGGAAUUCAAAUGCCUGCUUUCCAAAAAAUAGGAGGUCUACUAACAAACAGUUUAGCCACAGAUACAACCACUCCUGUGGCUGCUGUAUCAGCGGUCAAUCAAGCUGUGACAGAUAAUGAUAAUGAUAAAGUUUUACGUGCACUUCGAAGUAAGGAGUUGCAAUUAAGUAACGUUAAAUCUGCAUACAUAGAAAAAUAUACUACAACAUUGUUGAACGCUAAAAAUAAAAUGAUAAAGGAAUCAUAUCACGAGAACAAUGGUAACGUAGCAGACGCGUGCGACGGACUAUUAACGCAGGCAGAGAUACAAGAAUGCAUUAAUUACGUGAAUAAAUCUUGUGCCUUGGAAUCUAUCGUUUCAUCUCUGUCGCAAGAAAAAGAUAAUAAAUUAAUAGCCGCCUUAAGGACAUCCACGUUAUCGUUCAAGAAUAUAGUUGUUGAAAACGUUGAGGAUUACAGAAAGGAGCUGAAGCUAGUGCUCACAAAGGUCGUAUGGCAUGGCAUAGAUUCAUUCGAGAGCCUUUAUGAGUGGACAAAUAUUUUUCAGGAUGUGAUUGACAAAGGAAAUGAAACUGCACUGGCACGCAAGAAAAAGGAUGAAACUGUGAAAUGUCUGAAUAUGGCUUUAGAAUCUGCUGAUAUAAAAAAGUUUCAUGAGAUUCUGCAAAGUCCUUGUCUUGAAGUGUGUCACAUCGACGAAUUUGCAAUUCCUUUGUAUUAUCAGGAGAUGAAGGAAGAUCGUACACAAUUUCAGACUGAUAUUACCCAUGAUGACAUCAAAGUAAGCUUACGUGUACUAUCCGUUAUUGCUGCUAUUACCAAAGCAGUGGACACAGGAAAUCCAGACUUUGUGUAUGAAAAAUUGUCGAAAUACGAUGCGCGAUUAUUUGGACUGGAUGAAUUGAAUAAAGUGAAAUAUACUGAGGCACUAAUGAAAAUGCGACAGAGAAAGCUGGAAACGUCUGAAGAAUGUACUUUACUAACUUAUAGUGAUAUUCAAGAAUGUAUUGAGUUGGUAAAUGAAGAAUGCGAUGAUAAUUUUGAAGUUAUAGAGAUUUUACAUCAGAUAAAUCGAGCUGUGGCAACAGACGACUGCAAGAAUAUGAUGAAAGCUUUGAAAGUGAUAACCGCAAGGGUCAAUAUACCUGUAUUUUCAUACGAUACACCGCUCUAUUUAAAAUUGCUUAAGAAACGUUUAGGUGAGAAAAAAUUUGAGGGAUCCGAGUUAUGGUUGGAUGACGUUGAAACAAUAGCGAAGACAGCUAAGUCAGAAAUCGAGAAAAUCAAAGAAACGAUUGUCCUCUUGUACGAUAUUAAUAUACAUCUGGAAAAUGAUGAUAUGAUGCAAACAUUCAGUUGUAUUAAAAUGCUCGACGUAGUUGAAGGAUUGAGUGAGCUUACAGAAGAAUGUCAAAACAGAUGUUUUCUACUAUUACAGCAAUUACAACAGCGAAUGCGCGCAAGGUACAGCUUUUCUUAUAUUUCACAUUUUACCAAUGAAAGGAAUAUAGUCUAUAUCGAUUUGAAGGGCAAAAGCUAUGUAUGGGAGCGUCCACCAAAUUUUAAGAGAAGCUAUUACAUCACUGCAGAUGACAUAAAUGACAUAAUUACGUCCGUUAUGAUGGAGCAACAUGAAUAUUAUAGCACGAAAAAUUAUCCAUACAAUGAAAAGUUACUUAUUGGAUUGCAAGCUUGUAUGCGAGGACAUCUGUUACGUAAAAAGAUUAUGGACAGACGCUUUUAUUUCAAUGAUAAUCUGGAAAACAUCAUCAUGAUACAAGCAUGGUGGAGAUGCGUUAGACAACGUAAACGGUAUUGUAAAUUGCUGGAGGAAAGAGAUCGACAAAAGGAAAUAUUCCAUCAAAAUAAAUAUUCAAAUAUAAAAACAAAUAAAAUAAAUGACACAGAUGAUAAAUCAAGUCGAUAUAAAAGAUAUGAGGAUAAAAUAGUAAAGAUACAAGCUUUGUGGCGUGGAAGAAUGUCGAGGAAAGCUUUCCACUCAUUAUUAUAUUCAAAAAAGCCAUCGUUUCCUGUAGUCAGAUAUUUUUCGGCACUAUUGGGUUUCAGUGCGGAAGAUUACGAUAAAGACCUAGAAUUACAAAAAUUAAAACACGAAGUCGUCCAAUGUAUAAGACACAAUCAGAAUCUGUCCGAACAGUUGAAUAACAUGUAUGUCAAAAUAGGAUUGCUGAUUCAAAACAGAAUAGCAUUGCAGGAUGUAGUAGCACAUGGAAAAAAUUUGGAUACUCUCGCGAAGGAAAAGAGCGCGAAUAAGGAUCAAAAUACUUCAAGCGAUGUCGCUAGUACAGCGCAUAAAGGUCUGAAAUCGUUAACGAAGGAAGGUCGCAAGAUGCUGGAGAGCUAUCAACAUCUGUUCUACGCGUUGCAGACGAAUCCACAAUAUCUGUCGAAGCUGUUGUACUUGCCCCCCAGCAACAAAUCGAACAAGCUGUUCCUGAAAAAUAUCAUUUUGACGCUGUUCAAUUUCGGAUCAAAUACGCGGGAGGAUUAUUUACUGCUGAAACUGUUUGGCUGUGCAUUGAGAGAGGACAUUAGAUGCAAUUGUCAUCAACCCUCCGACGUGUUAACCGGCAAGCCAUUAGUACGCGAGAUGGUGGUCAAUUACGCGAAACAAUUUAAUGGUCAGUCCUCACUGAAGCAGAUCUUGGGUCCCUUGAUCGAAAAAGUUCUGGAGGAAAAGGAUUUAUGCAUGGAGACAAAUCCGGUGGACAUAUAUAAGCUCUGGCGGAAUCAGCUAGAAAUGGAAUCCGGCCAGUCUGUAGAUUUGCCUCACGCAGUAUCCCAGGAGGAGGCGCUGAAACACGUUCCGGUGCAAGAAUCGCUCACCAAGGCGAUAAAUCAAUUGAAAAAGAUCUCGCUCGAGUUUUUAGACAGGAUUACGCAGUCCCGCGAUCUGAUUCCUUACGGGAUGUUGUAUGUGUCGAAGGUCUUGUACAAUUCGUUGACGGAAAAGUUCUCGCAAACUCCCGAGAAGGACGUAUUGAAAGCAGUCGGCAAUUUGAUUUACUAUCACUUCAUUAACGCGGCGAUCGUGGCACCAGAUACCUUUGACAUUGUCACAUUACCGGUCAACAGGACAUUGUCCUCCUGUCAAAGAAAGAAUCUAGCUAGCAUAGCCAAAGUCUUGCAGUUUUCUACUUCGAAGAAAGGCUUCGGCGAGGAGGCACCGCACUUGGAGUGCCUCAAUCAAUUUAUAAUUGUUUGUCACGAAAAGUUUAAGAAUUUUUUUCGAUACUGUUGUCAAGUGGAGGAUCUUGAGGAACACUUUAAUAUCCACGAGUACACGGAAGCUACACUCAUACAAAAUCCGGAAAUAUGCAUAUCUCUACAAGAAUUAUGCGAAAUACAUACUUUACUGCUAACAUAUCAGGAUCAAAUAGCACCAGAUCCAUCUGAGCCUUUGCACGAUUUAUUGGAUGAUCUAGGUCCAGCGCCGACUGUGGCAUCUUUACUUGGAAUAUCUGAUGCGACAUACGAAGCGAACCUGGCACGAUACAGUAAACAGGAGGUGUGUCUGGUGUUAACUAACAAGUUUCAAUUACCACCAAACGACGACACAAACCUGAACAAUCUCUUUGUAAAAGCGAAAGAGUUGCUCGUUUCGAUUAUCUCUUUCUUAAAAAAGCCGACUUUGAUAGAGUCGUUGGAAACCACUUCUUCUCCCAUGUGCAUGAAACUGUUCGACUAUUCGUCCGUGUCGCCGGCAUUAAAUGUUAUUCGCGAGAGUUCGUCUAUAAACGACUGCAAGAUGCAAUUACGCGCGUAUCUUAAAAAACUAGAACUUGAAGGUUGGGUCUCGCGCGCGAACGGUUAUCAGGCGAUUGUGACCUCGAUAGCGAAGGACAUUUGCAACAAGAGCAAGUACCGCGUUAUGAGGGAUAAGGAGCUACAGACACUGCGCGCAACUAAGGAACGAUUAGACGAGAAGACAAAAUACUAUCAGGAGCAAGUUGUUUUCUACAAUGAGUACAUAAAACGUUGCCUUCAAAAUCUGCAUGGGAAAAGUUCGCUUCGUGCAUACGAAUUGAUGCAUAAAGAUACAUAUAAGUUGAGCAAAUUAAGAUCCAAGAUGACGGUGAAGUAUUCCGCCUGGAAGUUGCAAGAAAAGGGGGUGCUGAUGGAUGCCAAUCAAAUGCUGAGUCCGACAGAGAUGAAAAAUACGAUUUUCGAGAUAAGCCCAACGGAACACAGCGGUAUUUUCGUUGUACGUUGUAAAUUCAUGGGCGUCGAAUUAGAGAAACUCGAAAUCAGCAUACAGCAAUUGCUUGAGCUGCAAUACGAAGGCAGGUCUUGUAUGGACAUGUUCGGUAAAGCAAAAGUCAACAGAAUGGCAGCUACAAAAAUGGAAAAUAUAGAAAAUAAUUCUACCAAAAAUGGAGAAAAUAUGGAGAUAGAAAAAAAACUUAAAGAGAGAGCGGAAAGAAAUCGUCAGAAAGCACUCUUGUUAAAAAAGUCCAAAGUUGUAACUCAUCCUUAUACAAGAGACAACAGUGAUUCUGUAAAAGGAAGAUCAAUAAAAGUGCAGGGACAACGUGUUAUUGAUAGCGGUGGAGGAUUUUUGAUAGAAGAGAACGAUGAAUUAGAACAACAAAUGCUAAAGAUUCGAACGGAGCCAGAUCCUGUUAUUGGUAAAUUUAAUGAAUGCGAGGAGUGCAAACAGAAAUUUGGGGACUCGUAUCUUCUGCAAACGUUCGACCUUGCUGUUUGCGAUAAAUGCAGAGAUAAGGAGGGGAAGCAUUCUUUAAUUACCAAAACAGAAGCUAAACAAGAGUAUUUAUUGAAGGAUUGCGAUCUUGAUAAGCGGGAACCCGCGCUGAAGUACAUUAUACGCAAGAAUCCUCACAAUGCGAAUUGGGGCGAGAUGAAACUGUACCUGCAUCUGCAAAUCGAACAGAGGGCUUUGCAAGUUUGGGGCUCGGAGGAGAAUUUGCUGAAAGAAAAAGAAAUGCGCGAUGUCAAACGGGAAGGAGCUAAGAUCAAGAAAUUCAAUAAAAAGAUUAAACAGCUGCGAAUGCAAGUGAGAAGUUCAUUGUACGAUAAAACAACAAAAGCGUCGCACAUUCACGAGUUUGGAGAAGAUACAUAUAACGAAGAGGAUGAUACAUACACGCAUGUUUGCAAAACGUGCGAUUAUGAAGAGACGUAUGAGAAAAUGUGAAUGCACAAGUAUUAAUCGCACGAGUAUUAAAAGUAGCAUGAAUUAAUUUAAUGUAUAUACAUAUAAUGUCAUAUGUUAUAUUAGUCUCGAAUACGAUAUAAUUUUAUACAAAUAUAAUUCUCAAAAUCUUUUUUUUAUAACCGGAAUUUAAGACUUUAUAUACCUGUGAUGUAAAAGAUAUUAUAUGUAUAUGUAUAUUAAACAGCAACCAAACAAAUGUUUAGACUAUAUAUCAUAAUAAGACUAUCCAUUUGCAUUAAUAGAAUCUCGCAAUUUUAUAUAUUAAACGUUUAUUAACCAAGUAUUAUAAUCAUAGUCAUGAAUUUGUUAAAAAAAUUAAUUUUGUUUCAAUAAAAUUUACUUUAUGUUUUUGCGCAUGUGUAGAAGAUGAAAAGUGUCAACUAUGAAUUGUUGAAAAUAUAAUUAUGUCAGCA